AUAGUAGAAGCAAAUUAUUUGAGAAUAUAUAACAAGUACCGGUGUUGAGUUUGAGACACAACCAUCCACUUUCUUGCAUGCGGUGUCCCAGAACAGGGUACAACGUUUGAUGUUGCAGAGCACAGACAUGCCAUGGCUGAGAGGUCUCAGAGAAAUGAGGCCUUUGCUUCACUUGCUGCUGCCACUUACCAUCCACUGGAUUGCUGAGGAGAUGACAGUUUCUGUUCUUGUUGAUGUUACAACCUCUGCUUUGUGCCCUGGAGACUCAACUUGCUCCAAAGCUAUUUAUAUCAACGGCCUUCAACAAACGAUUGUUGGAGUUUUCAAGAUGGUGGUAAUUCCACUGUUGGGUCAACUUUCAGAUGAGCAUGGUCGCAAACCCUUGCUCCUUUUUACCAUCUCCACCUCUAUAUUUCCCUUUGCUUUACUUGUCUGGCGUCAAUCCGCGGAAUUUGUCUAUGCUUACUAUGUGAUUCGCACAAUUUCAAACAUAAUAAGUCAAGGCAGUAUUUUUUGCAUUGCUGUUGCAUAUGCGGCAGAUGUUGUCAACGAAAGCAAAAGGGCAGCAGUGUUUAGUUGGAUUAGUGGUCUUCUUUCUGCUUCACAUGUUCUGGGGGAUUUACUGGCUCGGUUUCUUCCUGAAAAGUACAUUUUUGCUGUUUCAAUAGUACUAUUGAUCAUUUGUCCAGUUUAUAUGAAAUUCUUCCUUGUUGAAACGAUGACACUAGCUCCGAAAAAUGAUCAAGUGUCAGGUUGCUGGGCUAAAAUUGUUAAUGUUCCCCAACAAAGAUUCAAAUCUAUGAGGACAGCUGCGGAAAUAGUAGUUUUCAGUCCCACUUUAAGGGGCAUGGCUCUUGUCUCCUUCUUUUAUGAGCUGGGAAUGUCAGGCAUAACUAGUGUUUUGCUGUACUAUUUGAAAGCUGUUUUUGGCUUUAACAAAAAUCAGUUCUCAGAACUUCUGAUGAUGGUGGGAAUCGGUUCAAUCUUCUCUCAGAUGUUGCUGCUUCCAAUACUCAAUCCAUUGGUUGGAGAGAAAGUUAUACUCUGCUCUGGCUUGCUUGCAUCAAUAGCAUAUGCUUGGCUCUAUGGAUUAGCAUGGGCACCUUGGGUAUCAUACUUAAGCGCCUCUUUUGGUAUCAUCUAUGUCCUUGUGAAACCUGCGACUUAUGCUAUUAUUUCAAAUGCGACAAGCUCAACCAAUCAGGGAAAAGCACAAACUUUUAUUGCUGGGGCACAAUCUUUAUCUGAUUUGUUAUCACCUAUUGCAAUGAGUCCAUUGACUUCAUGGUUUUUAUCUAGCAAUGCUCCCUUUGAAUGUAAAGGUUUUAGUAUUUUAUGUGCGUCCAUAUGCAUGAUAAUCUCUCUUUGUUUUGUUUGCAUGCUGAAGCCAGAUAGUAAUUCUAGUAAUGACAUAGAGGGGAGCACAGAAACCCCUCUUCUGAAUCACACCUUGCCUCAACCCAACACAAACAUGGAGCUUCUCUCUGUGUCUGGCACACUCUGCAAAGGCCAAACAUUUUCCUUUCACAAACCAAAGACAUCCCAAAUUAUUGAACUUCCAAUAAACCUAAGAUUACCCAACACAAUCAACCAUUCCAAUCUUUCUUCUUCUUCUUCUUCAUGUAAUUGGUCUAUUACUAGGGUAGCAGCAACAACAUACCCUUCCUUCAUUUCUUCCACCACACAGAACCGCCAUUGGAUGGUGGUCAUGGACACUCCUCCUCAAGGGCUCAAUUCAAAGCCACAGGUCAUUGAUUAUUAUGUCAACAUUCUACAAACAGUUCUCGGCAGGGAGGAAGAUGCUCAGAUGUGUAUAUAUGAUGCUUCAUGGGACACCCACUUCGGGUUCUGUUGUGACGUUGAUGAAGAAAUAUCCUCCCAGCUGGCCAGUUUGCCUGGGGUGUUGUUGGUUAGGCCUGACCCGGAUCUCAAUUCUUUGAAGAAGGACUAUAGUUUAUCAAGGGACCAUGUAGUUCACCCGUCAGGAUUACAAACUGUUACCAAUAUGUUGUUUCCUGCUCGAAAUUCUAAGCAUUGGCUUGUUAAAAUGGAUAAACCUGGGGUUGAGGUUGUUACCAAGGCUCAGAUUGUCGAUUACUAUGCUCAAAUUUUGACCAAGGUCAUGGGAAAUGAGACGGAUGCACAAAUGUGUAUAUAUCAUGUCUCCUGGAAAACCAGCUUCGGUUUUUGCUGUGAACUUGACGAGGAUUGUGCUCAAGAGUUAGCUGGUGUGCCAGGUGUCUUAUCAGUUCAGCCAGAUAACAGUUUUGAGUCUGAAAAUAAAGAUUAUGCAGGUAGUACCUUAGAAAAUAGUUGGAAUAUUUCCAACUCUUCUGAAGCAAGUCAUGAAGCGCCCUUGAAAACAAAGAAACUGUUUGUGACAGGACUAUCGUUUUAUACAUCUGAGAAAACCUUGCGUGCAGCAUUUGAAGGCUUUGGUGAGCUAGUUGAAGUAAAAGUUAUUGUGGACAAGAUUUCAAAAAGAUCCAAGGGUUAUGCAUUUGUUGAAUACACCACAGAGGAAGCUGCCAGUGCAGCGCUCAAAGAGAUGAAUGGCAAGAUUAUUAAUGGCUGGAUGAUAGUGGUAGAUGUUGCCAAGCCUAACCCGCCAAGAUACAACAGGAAUAGCGCUGGAUCAUCAAGAUCUGCUGUAUGAAUUUAGUUAAGUUUCUGUUUGUCAAUCUUUAUGCUAUAUCUUAAAAAUUUUCACAAUUAAGUUUGUGCAUUUUUAGAUACCAA